GUAUAUUGAGCCCACACAAGGCAAACAAGCAACAUGGCGCCUGUUGUUUUUAAUUCAUCGCAAGUUUUUCAGGAAGCCGAAGUGUUGAAAUCUACUAUCACAGCGAAGAAGAAAGAUGAUUUUUCUGUUGGUGGUGACUUGUGGGCAUCCUGCCAAAGUUUGCAAGAUCUUUAUAAGUCAAUCCUGCUGAGUGACUUAAGUUAUGCUCUGGAAAGAAAAGUUGAACAGGAGUUAUGGAACUGUGCUUUUAAAAGUCAUAUUGACAAUAUGAGACUGCAAAUAAAAGAGAGAAAGAAUAACAAGAAGAGUGAGCUGCAAGCAUUGCUUACAUUGUUUCUGGAGACCGCCAGUGGAUUUUAUAUUCAGCUUCUCAAUGAAUUAUGUUUGAAAUAUGCUUUGGACGUGCCUGGUUAUCUUCACCCUGCAUCUCUGGGUAUUUUAUAUGAUGUAAACAGUAACAGGAGAAUGCGACACGACAAGAAACCGCCUGCCAGUGCGUCAUAUUAUAUUUGUCAAGACUGCUUGGUUCAUCUGGGUGAUCUUGCGCGUUACCGUUAUGACACCAUCGAAGCUGAAGUCUACUACAGACAAGCCUUGCAGUUGGUUCCUACAAAUGGUCAACCUUACAAUCAACUUGCGAUUCUUGCCAGUUCACGUGGGGACACAUUAGGAACUGUCUAUUUUUAUUGCAGAAGUAUCGCGGCUAAAAAUCCAUUCCCUGCUGCCAGUACCAAUCUUAAGAAGACAUUCAGUAAAACUUUAAAUCAAUCAGGAAAAAAAAUCUUGACUUGCGAGAAUAUCGAUAAGGCAGAAUUCGUCGAAGCAUUCAUUGAAUGCCAUGGAUUGGUUUGUCUAGGACAAGACUUGAACAAUGCUAAAACUUUGUGUGAAAAGUCAUUGUCGAAAAAUCAACUGGAACGUGAUGAACUGACCGCAAGCGAUCUACUCAAAAUGACUUCUGUCAACAUAUUUCUGCUGUAUCAUGUCAGCACUUUUGACGAUGCAGAUGAUCUUAGUGGUUUCGCCAAGGAUCGUAACCAUGAAUCUUGGGCUAUCAUGUUGGAUUUCAUAAUGAAUAUGUUUCACUGCUUUCUGGAGUCCAUUAUUGGGAAUCUUGGAGCGGAUAAGAAGGAUAUGGACGAAUCGUUUCUUGAUGUUGUCUUGCCUGCCGUUAGCACUAUUGUACUGUGGUUCAGGGCGAAUUCUCCUCGAAUUUUCAAAGAUGAGACGUUCAAUAAAUUUCCAAUUUGGAAUUCUUUCGUGCAUAUCGUAAAUCAAUUCUCCGUAGACAUUUGCAUGAAAAAGAUUGAUUCAACUCUUCCCGAAGAUCAAGAGUUGCAAGGAUUUCUUCCACUCGUGAAUGUUUUAAGGAAAUCGGAUGUAAAUAUGAAACAAACGUCUAAAACGGCUGAAUUAAUGGAGAGGAAGAAAAGGCUUGUGGACUUUGGCGUUUACCUUUCUCGCCAUUCGAGUGGAAUUAUCGUUUGUGAAAAGAAAGAGGAUGGCGGUUAUCGAUUCGAAUGCAUAAAUGUUUCUGACAAAAGACUGGGCUCAAGCACACCAUUCUCUGAGACCAGUUCAUUAUUUGGUCAAACAAUAAUCUCACCCUCUCAAGGUGUUCAAAAUGAAACUCCUUCCUCGGUACACGAUCAAGUUGGACAGUAUUCUUUGUUUCAAUCCAACUGGAACGUUCCUUUGACUUUGGGUAGUACAGUUGCGCCCAAUCUUAUAUCUGCAACACCAACUUCAUCAAACCACCCUAUAAAGCCAUCCACCGUUUCAUCCGAAAUUGAAGAUUCGGCACCUCGUGUAACAUCACGUGUCGUCGGAAGUCACCGCAGUCCCACAAUCCCAAAUGUGUCCCUUCCCAUUCCCCCUACCUCUCUGGCAGUUGGAAGUAAUCGACCCUUAUCACCUGGCCAUCGGGCCUCUCCAUCACCCAGUGUUGAAAAAUUUCAGCCACCUUCCAGUUUUGGCUUGAAUUUCACUCUAGGUAGCUGGUCCCCCCUGGGAAAUAUGACUAGUAAUGGUCAUCAUGAUAAUGGAGGUAACGGCACAGGGGGAGGGAAGUCUCUCUCUAAUGGUAAUGGAAAUUCCUUUUGGGGAAGUAGUUUCCAUUCUGCUCAAAGUAGCAUGUCCCCCCUGGAACAGCUUCUAAAAGAACAGAAAAGCCAGCAGACAUCGUAGGUGUUCGGCGAUACACGUCAAAUCUUCGUUAGCUAAUCGGCACACACAGUGAUUCGACAUCCAGUGUUAUAAUACAUCCAUCGUCGUUGAAGGCGUCACCGUAGUUACAACUUGGUUAUCUUGCAUUGCACCUUGUUAUACCCGUAUUAUCCCCUUAGAUACCAAUUUAGCCCCCUGAUCAUUCUCGUCUGGCGAUGGUUAAUUUUAAAGCUUUAACAAGAUCACAGGAGGAUAUUUUAAUCAUUUCAGUGGCAUUUAUGUAUGACAAAACGCGAGUCAAUCAUUUGGCGUGUAGCUUAGUCUCUUAAAAUAAGCUAAAGAAUUUUGUUCUUUCUCUUUGCGAGUAUUAUUAUCGUUUAGGCUCUAUAAUUGAAACAACUAGGAAAAAUGAUAAAAAGAGAUAGCUUUGAGUUUUUUGCGACGUACCAAACUUCAUGACCUCUAGUAAUUUAUGAGGAAGUUGGUGAGUAAUUUCUUUUAUCCUAAUGAUGGAGAUGGAAUGUUUAGUAGCAUAAAUUGUCUAGGUAUGGUGUUUGUGCACUUAGUAUUGUAACUGUCUACUUCAUACUGUAAGUGUGCACUUUAUUUGGUAACUGUGUACAUCAUAUGAUAACUAUGUACUUUAUAUGGUAACUUUGUACAUCAUAUGGUAACUGUGUACAUCAUAUGGUAACUGCGUACAUCAUGGUAAAUGUGUAAGUCAUUUAGUAAUUGUGUACAUCAUAUGGCAACUGUGUACACCAUAUAGUAACUGUGUACAUCAUAUUGUAACUGUGUACAUCAUAUGGUAACUUUGUACAUCAUGUGGUAACUACCUAUUGUAGUAUUCUACAGUCUACACAAUCAUACAUUAGACAUUAAGAAAGAAUAAACUUUAUCUCGUA